GCGGGUUCUUUCCGUCACGGCGAGUGGUGUUAAUAAAUAUGUUGUUUCUUUUUAUAUUCGCAUUUGUCGGUGUUAGUGAUGGCUACAAUUUGUUGUUAUUUUUUCCCAUACCGGGAAAAAGCCAUUCGAUUUUGGCAGAAGCGUAUGUGCGACAUUUAACAGACGCCGGUCAUAAUGUGACUUAUAUAACGCCUCUACCAAUAAAAAACCCACCACCCCUACUAAGGCAGAUAGAUGUAUCGCUUAACACAGAUUUGCUACCUGGUAGUAUAUUUGACGUGCAGAAAUUUAUGUCAAAGGAGCUGGAUCUGCAAGAGACACAGUUACUCUUCCCGAUAAUGCAGGAGCUCAUGAGAGCGACGCUACAGAGUGACCAGAUGCAAAAAUUCAUGCAUGACCCUAAGGAGCAGUACGAUGCUGUUAUCGUGGAGUGGCUGUUUACAGAACUUGGGGCAGGAUUGUCUUCAGUGUUCAACUGUCCCUUAAUUUGGUCGACAUCUACAGAACCGCAUUCUGAUAUAUUAUCGCUAAUCGAUGAACCACUUAAUAUAGCUUAUACCGUCUACAUUUGGGGGAGAGAAUACUCUCUGGAUCUAUACAGCCGCUUGCAGCAUUUAUGGACGAUAAUAAAGAUAAAGUACUAUCAAUGGAAAGGCCAUGAUAUUGAUAAUGAAAUAUUCGUUAACUCCUACAAAUCGGCGGUUCAAUCGAGAGGGCUGAAACUACCAUCCUACGAGGAGGUUAAGUACAAUGCAUCUCUUAUGUUGGGUAACUCGCAUAUAUCGUGCGGUGAUGCUCAUAGACUGCCGCAGGCUUACAAGGCCAUUGGAGGCUACCAUAUAAAGGAUAAUAUCGAUCCUUUGCCCCACGAUCUGCAAAAAGUAAUGGAUGAAUCUCAAGAAGGUGUGAUAUACUUUAGCCUCGGAACUAUGCUAAAGAGUAGUAGAAUGCCAAACGAAACAAGGAAUAAGAUAAUUGAAUUCUUCGGUACACUGAAGCAAACAGUAAUUUGGAAGUAUGAGAAACCAAUAGCGAACUCGCCGCGAAACAUCCAUUUUAUACAAUGGGCACCGCAACCUAGCAUAUUGGCUCAUCCCAACACCAUCCUAUUUAUGACGCAUGGAGGUAUUUUAUCAUUGUUUGAAACCCUGAAAUUCGGGGUGCCUCUCAUCGGCUUCCCAAUGUUUGGUGACCAAUUUUCAAACAUCAAUAGAGCUGUAAAGAAAGGAUUUGGAAAACGAUUCAUUCUGGGACAAGAACCGCUUGAAAAAUUAUUUAAAACUGUUCUAGAUAUGAUUGAGGAUUCGAAAUAUCGUGAACGGGCAAAGGAAUUUUCUUUAAUAUUCCACGACCGCCCGGUCUCGCCUGGAGCAGAGCUAGUGCACUGGGUGGAGCACGUUGUGCGGACACGAGGCGCGCCGCUUCUGCGCUCUCCCGCUCUUAUGGUGCCCUGGUACCAGAAAUGCUACCUCGACUUAAUAUAUGUUAUCCUAGUACUUAUUUUAAUUAUAGCGUAUGUUAUAAGAAAAGUAUGCACAAAACUAUUCACAAAAAAAUCUAUGUUGAAAAAUAAAACUGAAUAGAUAGAUUAUUUUUAACUGGACUAAUUUACAUUAAAUCAUACAAAGGUAAAAAUAUGCUGUGUUAAUAAUCAAUUUAUAUUGAGUUAUCGUUGA